AAAAUCUAAUCAAUGUCCAAAUUUGUAAGGAAGAUUUAGCUUUGUUUGUACGCGAAAAGUGCGGUUUCAAUAGUUUGCAGGCUACCGCUAUAUCCACCUGCCUAUCUGACUCAGGAAAAACUCGUCGAAUCUGCUUUAACAAAUUAGGGCUUCGAAAACCCUAAAACAGAGAGCUCGUUUUUUCCUUUUCAAUCGGAGAAGAGAAAAAUGGUGUUCUACUUCAAGGCUCGACCGGAAACUGGUGACUACACCAUCUUUAUGGGUCUGGAUAAGUAUGAGAAUGAGGAACUCAUCAAAUUUGGCUUCCCUGAAGACAUUUGGUUCCAUGUGGAUAAAAUGUCAUCAGCCCAUGUUUAUUUGAGAUUGAACAAGGGUCAAACAUUUGAUGAUAUACCUGAAGGUGUAUUGGAAGAUUGUGCUCAACUUGUCAAGGCGAAUUCUAUCCAAGGAAACAAGGUAAACAAUGUCGAUGUUGUUUAUACUCCAUGGCAAAACCUUAAGAAGACUGCCUCAAUGGAUGUUGGGCAAGUUAGCUUCCACAACCCAAAAAUGGUUCGUACCGUGAGGGUUGAGAAGCGAAUAAAUGAGAUAGUCAAUAGAUUAAACCGUACAAAGGUGGAAAGGAAGCCCGACUUGAAAGCUGAGCGGGAGGCCGUCAAUGCAGCUGAAAGGGCGGAGAGGAAGCAGCAGCUUAGGGAGAAGAAACGAAGAGAGGAUAUGGAUAGGCUUGAAAAGGAAAGACAGGCUGAAAUGAGGAGCUACAAAAAUUUGAUGGUUGCUGAUAAGAUGACAUCUAACAAAGACAUUGCGUCAGCUAACAAGUCCCUGCAAGAGAUGGAGGAAGACUUCAUGUGAAAUGCAAAAUCAAAUGGAUUUAAUUGUUUCAAUCGCUGCCAUGUUUACAAAAUACUGAAUGAGAAGCUGCUUAAGAAGAAUGCAGAGAAGAAAAAGGAAGAUAGGGGGCUGGGGCAUCGGGGUGAGGUGAUCUUUUGAAAUGUUGUGUGUUCUUUUGAAACAAUUAUGAUCCUUUAUUGAACAUGAUCAAAUUGAUCUUUGUAGGCCUGAACCUGUUUGUUAAUAAGGGGGGUAUAGGAGCCAUAUGGGUUGGAGUUCAAGGAGAAGCUUACUUGUAAAACCAGUGUUUUUGAAUUUAAUGGUGAAGAUGACUUGUUAUGAUUAGGAGGAGCACUUAAUUGUUUU